CCUCCUCCUCCUCCUCCUCCUCCAGGAGCCUUUGGAGCUCCUCCAUCUCCAGUGGCCAGUGAAGCUCCACUACCUCCUCCUCAUUUUCGUUACAAGAGCCUCUCUAAAUUAGUGGAYAGUCUGGUUUGUCAAGCAUAUGAGACACAAUCACGUCAUCCAUCUUUUGAARGUCCAGACCCAGAAGAGCAGAAGCUGAAGUGGAUUAAGAUCUUCCAGCUGCAGCAGUCGGACGGAUACUGGGAGUUAACUGUUGGGCUGGGAAAACUGAUCAAUGUCAACGUGGAUGUGUUUGCUAACGUGUUCCUGAAGGGCAAAGGGAUUCAUUCUCUGGGUGCAAAGGUCAACGCAGGCAUCCAGAGGCUGGUGGCGACUCUGUUGGUUCUGCAGCUGAUGAGGGAGGAGAAGCUGGAGGAAGGAAAACUGCUGCGGAGUCUGUUUCACCUGAUGGAGCCGACCGGGUCCAGGUCUGARCGCUGGCAGCAGGUGAAGAAGGCAGUGGACUGGGUGCGCUGGGCCGACCGGGAGUAUCCGUGCGCCUGCAGCCGGCUGGAGUUCGGCUGGAGCUGGGAGUCUUCCACCCGACAGCUGCUGGGCUUCGAACGCUUCCCYCCGUUGUCACCCCUCAUCAGCCUGGAGCUGCAGAAGACCACAACACCGCUGGCUGUCCACUGAGGAAAUGAUGCAACACUUUCUGAAAGUCAUAUAUCAGUUUGUAUUUUGUUUUUCUUUUUAUCUGCUUCGGUUUGUGCUUUGCAAAGAUGUAAAGAAGAUCAAAAAUGMCAUAACAAAAUAUUAAAAUAUUUUAUAAUAUUAAAACAUGAGAGGAAGGAAAAGAGAUUUGUUUCAUCCACUUAAAUGAUGCAAAAUCAGUAAAAUUACACUCACAGAAGGAUAAAUGGAAUUAGAAACGAGCCGUUAUCAAUCACAAACUGGAGAACAUAAUUGAUCCCACAAUCUAAACGUCUUCCUAACAAAUUCAGAAAGCCGAAUCUUGGUGGUUUGCUUUUAUCAUAAAAGAUUAAAGAUUUGUCCAUGUGGUUUUUUUGUGAUACUUUUUGAGUUUAAUUCUUGUGUUAUAAAACCAAUUUUUUGGGAGAAAUUUGCUAAUUUUUUAUCUCCCUUUCAGAUAUUACUUUCAUUUGAAGAUGGCUUGGAWCUAAAAUAUAUAUUUUUCUUUUUUGUUGUUUUGCAGUGGUUUAAGGCACCUUCUUUGUUUUUACUGUUUUAACCUGUUUUGAUAUAUUGCUUUACAUAUAAAAUCAGCUGUCACCUGAAAAUUGUAGCAGGCAUUAGAAAUACAAACAGCAAAAAUAUUCUGUACCUAUUUUCAGUAUCGGUUAAUCUGAAAAAGAAACAAUAUUUUUCACUAUUAAUGACGGUAACCUGUUAAAAUAAAAUUUCAGAUGUGGUUUGUUUUU